CACACACAAACACUCUACAACCGCCGUCAAAGUAUCCAAACAGAAAUGUCAAUCUUGCUUUAGAAACUGUUCUACAAUUUGAUAAGGACCAAUCAGGUGACAGACAACUUCUAAAUACUGUUGAAAAGUAUAUUAACACAGUUAAAGAUGCAAUGCAUUAUAAUAAACCGAAGGACUUUAGACGUCAGUUAACAGCUGAUCGAGAACACACCUUCACCAGUUUCAUCCAACAAGCUAUCAACAUACUCAAAACAUAUGAUGAUACUGGUUUCCGUGUAUUUUUCCAAAUCUUAGACGAUGAACUAAAAAAAUGUCACUACAUUGGCAGCAAGUUCUACGAGCUAACAGAAACUUAUGAGACAAGAAUGGUUCUGAGUGAAAAACUAGAUCUAAUCAAAGGCAAACCUGUAUUAAAGACUAGGUCUAUAAUUAAUUCACUUGGAGAUGCGCUGAGAAUUCAGAAUUAUGAUAGGAAGGUGAAAGAUUUCGUCGAUUUUCUUAAUUCUUUAUAUACACAGGACGAUGAAAAGAUAUUCCACAAAGUACUGAAAGAUUUAGAAGCUUAUAGUAGAACGAGAUCUUGGGCCGACGAGAAUUUAGUCAAAGUUAUUAGAGAAGCAGUCAGGUCUUUGAUCUUCGACCACUAUACUGACUUAAACACAAACACUAGAAGAGAACUGAAAGAGAGGAUUGCUUCUUUCUUUAAACAUUCUAAAAUGUCUCCUACAACGACUGGGAGAACCAGUUUCACUACAGACAUUAGUCCUAAUAGACGAAUCGAAACCGGAUCAAAUAAAAGACGAAGUAUAAUAACAGCAAAAAAUAUCUCUACAAGUCCUAGUCCAAUACACAAAAUUGAAAGACUAGGUUUUGAUAACUCAGAACCAGUCUAUAAAGACAUAAGCGCAUCGAAUAUGAAAUAUAAACCUUCCGAAGAAUCUGAAAGCAAUUCCAUAGAACAAUCGCAAGAAAAACCAACGGAAGUUCACCGCACCACCGGACGCUAUGCAACUUUAUAUGAAGAGGAAAUUUCACCUGCAGAGACCAUAGAGACAACACAGUCGAAGAUACCCGAUGUAUUCGCUAACGUACAGAGAUUGAAAUUGGACGACCACAAACAUGCGCUUAGAUUGACUAACACAACAACGGAAUCAGUGCAAUGGAAUAUGACAAGAAAAAUUAAUGUCAUGGAUUCGUACAAGCGAGUUAUUGAAUCGUUAAAGAAAAUUGGAAGUGUAUCCAUAAUUGAUAUGCAUAAUUCGCCAACGAAUGCAAUAUCAAGGAAUUAUACAAUACCUCCAAAAAGCAUAAAAUUCCAUGCAUUAUUAAACGUAGAGCCACAAACAACAAGCUUCGCGAAAUGGCAUGUUGGUGAGAAGACAAAACACAAUCAGACUUUUGCAUCAGAUCAUGUCCACUCCAGUGAAGAACGAUCAGAACAAUCUGUAGAACAGUUCCAAAGGGAUUUAGAAAAAGAAAGAAAACGUUUAAGAAGAUCUUUAAGCAACAACAGGGGAAAUAUAGGAGUACAAGACCUCAGAAUCAUCCUCAAAAGGCUAAAAUAUUUAGAGAAACAAAUAGAGGACAUAAAGCAACCCAACGUUCUAAGAGGUUGUCCAACGAACGACAAAAACCAAACUGUAAAAUGUUUAAGUAGGAGUAGUAAUGGAAGAGAUGAAAAUGGCGACGCAUUUGGCGAUAUUGUUAUUAGGAAAUGUGAUAGAUGUAACGUUUCAAGGUUAUAUAGGAAGGUCUUGAAGACAAACAAAACGCAACUGUAUCACACAAAUGAGAAAUUAAGUCAUAAACUAUCAGCAGAUCAAACAAAACAGAGAUCAACUCAAACGUUGCUAUUGAAAGACAGACAAAGAGCAAGAGAUACUACGUCAACACACAACAAAAUGCAUCGUGACUUCACUGAAACCUAUCCUCUAGGUGCUAGCUAUACCCCAACGGAUGGCAGAAGGAGAUCUAAGAAUAAAAUCAGAAAUAGUGACAAGAAAUCUAAAAGUCAUACAACGAAUAGAGGAAGGUCUACAAAAGUUUUAGAGUUUUCGUCUCCCCCACACUAUGAUAUAUUUCACCCAUCUGUCGUGUGGUGA